AUGGCAAGUACUGGAGUAGCAUGUGACGUUUGUUUUGAGUCUGCUUAUGCUUCUAUCGAAAACAAGCUAUUGACUUCUGUCCAUUGUGGCCAUCGAGUGUGCCGUCGGUGCCUCCAUCGACAGCAGCAAUGUACUGAAGCGGCGACAACAGCGAAUCUGGCAGCUACGACGGAUGGUCCAACUCAAAAGAUUCAACGGACAGCUGCUGGUUCUAGAAAUCAGGGGCUGAAGUGCCCUGUGUGCCAAUCUGGGGUUUCCAUAGAUGAUUGGAUGGACCGCGGACUGGAGGAGACACUCUUUGAACAGGAACGAUUGAUUCGACAACGUGUUUUGAAUGUCUAUAACUCUGCUCGAGAUAAUUUUGAAAGUACACCACUCUACAACAAUUAUUUGGAAAGAAGAGAGGAAACAAUCUACGAGCUUGCUUUUGGUUCGGAUGACUCCCGAAAAAAAGUUUUGCAAGAGGAGCUUCAAACAGCUGACAAUCAGAAUCAGAAAGAGAUUACGGAAUGCCGUCAGAAGGCAAAGCAAAAGGAAGAAGAAGAAAUUAAGGACAUCGUCGACAAGGAGGGGGUGUUCUAUGAGAUCGUCUCACAAGACUAUGGACCUGGAUUUCGCUACUCGAAGGCCGCAGAGAACAGCUUGGUGCAUAUUUUGCAGCGGCAACACCCUCAACUGUUUGCUGCUGACGAUAAUGAAAGUGCGUCGCAGCAACCUACAAGCUCAGAAUUGGGUACGGCACAACCGCGUCCAAUUAUUUCUGGCUUGGUUUAUGAAAAAAUUGCAAAAAAGGCGCACACUGACAGGGCAGCAAUGUAUCGUGCUUGUGGUUAUUUCAAAGAACGUGUAUUUCAAAGAAUUACCCAAGAAUUGUGGGGUGGCUGUAGUUUCUGUUCAGCAUGA